GAAGCUCCGUUCCAUCUUCUUGGUUACACACAGUUUCCACUUUCCACUUUGACUGUUCCCAACUCACGCUUCUUCUUUCUCUUUCUCUUUCUCUCGCACUUCAACAACAUUUGCUCCCUUUCCGAUUCGGAUUCACAUCUAUCUAAUUUUUAGUUUUCCUCUAUCUUUGCAAACAGAUUCUAUUCUUUUUAGCUGAAGGGAGUGUGGUGUUGGAAUUUUUUUCUCUCUUUUGAAGAUAAGGGACACAAAGCAGCAUGCGGUGGUGGCUUAGUCUUUCUGUUGAUGUAUAUCGCAAAGUCAUUUCCCUGAACCUAUAUUGCAAAGUGAUUCUGUAACUUGCAAUUAUUACAAAUAUAACCCUUCUCAACUCUUCUUAGUGUAUUAUUCUCUUUACUACAAUCACCUCAAUGGGUUCCACUUUCUUUGUUGUUAUCCCUUGUUAUGUCCGUCAGAUCAGCUGAAUCAUUACAGCCCAAUCUCGAUUUCGAACCUCUCUGUUAGAUUAUUACUCUUAGUUGUCUUUUUAGAAUAUUAGUUUUCAUUAGCUAGUAGGUAUUGCACUUAAUCUUUAGGAAUUUAAAUUUCAUUCACCUUUGGUCUUAUUAAAUUGAUCAGAUCAGAAACCUGUUUUCGCUGGCUUUGUAGUCUUCAGAUUUCGUUUAAUUUGUUUGUCAUUGUCUUCUGGAACAUUGUGUUCUUCUGAUAUUGUUGAAGGGUUGGGAAAAAGUAGUUAUGGUGUGCCAAGCAGCAAGUCAAACCAGAUUUCGGGCAUUGAAACAUGAGAAUGGUACUGCAGGUUGCUCCACCAUUAUAGUUAGGGUUAUAGCGUGCUUCCAACCUCUUAGAGAAUGCCAGGCUGAAUACUUUCGUCAUCUCCUCAAGCCGGUGACGUAAUAGUUUUUUUCUGCCUUGCGUUAAUUUCGGGGUUACGAGUGGUGGUUUUGGUUGUUUUUUCUUGUUGGUGAAAGUUGAAGAAGUUUAUAUAGUAAAUAGUUCUUGCGUUGAAAGUUUUUGUUGUAAGGUGAUUGUUCUGGUGUGAUGGGAGAAGACUGUGGAACAUGGAUGCCGCAGCUGCAUUUCGAUUGGCAGUCACCCAAUUUGAAUUCUUAUGCGGGGAAGCAAAAUGGCAUAUCUGCUGCCAUGAACUCAGGCAUCAAUAACAUGGCCACGAGGAAUGAGACAAUGCCAACAUAUGCAUCCUCUGCACUACCGCAUUUGCAGUUAGGACAUUCUAAUGCACCACCUCAUGGUUGGUUUUAUUGUUUGCCUCGCUUCCGACAGGGUUUUACACCUAACCCUGUCCCAAACUUAAAUGCCGAAGAAAAACUCCAUUCGGGUUGUGUCAAAACUUUCAGGGAGGAAACUAAACCUGACGGUGAAUCUGGUUUCCGUCAGAAGCAAUUCCUGGUCAUCGACCAAUCAGGUGACAAAACAACCCUUAUUUAUAGCUCACGGCUUGGGAGUCCCGUCGAGUGCCUUGCUUCUUGGAAUUCAAAACUGCAUGGUUCUAAUAACUUGAACAAUGUGAAUGAGCCGCCUUUUGGAAGAGAUUUGAACCAUGUGGUUGGACCAACUUUAGACGGUAAAGUUGAUGAUGAAAAUCGGGGAAUGGACACUGAAAGUGAGAUGCAUGAAGAUACAGAAGAAAUCAAUGCACUACUUUACUCUGAUAGCGAAGGUUACUCCACUGAGGAUGAUGAAGUUACUAGCACUGGCCAUUCACCGAGUACAAUGACCAGUCAUCAUAACCAGGAACCAAUUAGGGAAACUGCAGAAGAAGUUGCUAGUUCUGCUGGAAAAACAAAGAAGCGGAAGCUGUACGAAGAAAAUCAUGCGGAGGAUCAAGUUAUGGAUACAGCAAGUUCUCUGAAUCUGAACAGACCCUUAAACUUGGGAGACGAUGCAGAAUCAAGAUGCUCCUGUGGCAGCAACAGUCAAGGGUUAAAUGACGAAAUAAGGUCCUUGUUAGGCAACAAGAAGAUGAGGAAGGAGAAGAUACAAGAGGUUCUGAGCAUUCUGCAGUGCAUAAUUCCCAGUGGGAAGGACAAGGAACUUGUCGAGCUUCUUGACGAAGCCAUAGGAUCCUUGAAAUCCUUGAAGAUGAAGGCCAGAGCUCUCGGACUCGAUGCCUAAGUGAAUCUUUUCUUAACAGGAUUACUUGUCACAUUAUAAUUUAUAUACUAUAUUAGUUACGUUGAGUUCUGGUGUGCAAAAAUAAAGCAAGACAACGGUGGAUUCUGAUGGAAAUUGGCUACAUUAAGGUGAGAUCACAUCUUUCAGCAAAAAGAGUUCUGAAGUUUGAAGUGUGAAUUGAAUUGUUAGAUCGAAUGCAAUCAGAGAAUGAAGUCAAGAACUCCAAGCCUUAAAAUUAAAAGCCUUCCACUUGUCUUACCUGUUGCCUAAUUUGUUAUUCUGUGUGUUAAAAGGAGGAGGGGAUCUGAGAAUUCAGUAUUGUGCAAAAAUAUUAAGAAGAAAAUUAAAGGAAGGAGAAAAUGUGAAAUCAUUAUUAGUCCAUUUUCUUGGGGGUUGGAGAAAGUAGCACUCAGAGUGUGGCAUGGGGUAUGAGCUGUAAUUUUGAAUUGAGAAGACUUGGUGGUGGUUGUUGAUUUUCCAAAAAGUGACCCAAAAACAAGUGUGCACGCGUCUUGGCUGUUAUGGGCCCCAACAGAACCCUUCACUCCCUCCCUCUUUUUGGAUCCAUGUCAUGUUUCAUUCAUUCAUUCAAUCCUUGUGUGUGGGUUUUUGCCUUUUCUUUCUUCUGAUCUUUAAUGUAUAAAAAAUGGUAUCACUAUAGCCAAGGCAAAGCACCUUCUCUCUUUUUAUGGUGACCGAUACAACUCGUUUGAGGGUCCCUUCUCUCCUCUCCUCUCUCUCAUUCGCAAUAUUUUUUACUGUAUUGUAAACUAUGGCUUGUGGGAAACACUGAUAUUUGUGUUUUAUGCUUCUGAUUA